AUGAAGUUAAUGCAGGCAAAGAAUCCGUUGCUAGCAACACUCUUGUUCCUGACUGCCACUCACUGUGCCAUUCACCAAAGUGGUGUGACCAGCGGCAACCAAGCUUGCCACUCUAUCAAUGUUACGAUUUCAGCCGAGAAGGACGAUUGCCCUGUCUGCAUGGCCAUCACCACUUCCAUCUGUAGUGGUUACUGUAAGACCAAGGAAUUGCUGUGGAAGCCUCUCUUCCCCACCUUUAACCAAAAGGUCUGCAUUUACAAAGAAGUGCAAUAUGAGACUAUACUUCUGCAAGGCUGUCCCCCAGAUGUUGAUCCGUCUUUCACCUACCCUGUAGCUCUCAGUUGUCACUGUGACCUGUGUGACAUGGAUUCCAGUGACUGUACUGUUAAGGGCAUUGGGCCUGAUUCCUGCAGCAACCAAAAUCGCAUUGCCUGA